CGCACGCGCGGCGGCCGGCCCGGGCAUUUUGCUGCGUCACCAGCCGCCGCCCGGCCUCGCCACCCCUCGCGCGCACGCACGCUCCUUCUCCGUCCUCGCGCCCGUUUUCCUACACUUUCCUUCUCUCCCGGGUUGAGGGAGCCGCUCUCCGCGCGGUGCAUUCUGGGCAUCGAGGCCGAGCCCGCCGCCGCCGUCGCCUAAGAGGAGCGAGGAGAGGCCGCGACCGGGCAGAGACCGCCGGAGUCGCCGCCGGAGAGGAGUCGACUAGCCAGCCGCCGCCAGCGAGGCCCGCCCACCCGUUUGUCUGGCCCUCUGCCCCGUUCACCAUGCAGCCUGCUUCUGCAAAGUGGUACGAUCGAAGGGACUAUGUAUUCAUUGAAUUUUGUGUUGAAGACAGUAAAGAUGUUAAUGUAAACUUUGAAAAAUCCAAACUUACUUUCAGUUGUCUUGGAGGAAGUGAUAAUUUUAAGCAUUUAAAUGAAAUUGAUCUUUUUCAUUGUAUUGAUCCAAAUGAUUCCAAGCAUAAAAGAACCGACAGAUCGAUUUUAUGUUGUUUGCGAAAAGGAGAAUCCGGCCAGUCAUGGCCUAGGUUAACAAAGGAAAGGGCAAAGCUUAAUUGGCUCAGUGUGGACUUCAAUAAUUGGAAAGACUGGGAGGAUGACUCAGAUGAAGACAUGUCGAAUUUUGACCGUUUCUCUGAGAUGAUGGAUCACAUGGGUGGUGAUGAGGAUGUAGAUUUACCAGAAGUAGAUGGAGCAGAUGAUGAUUCACAAGACAGUGAUGAUGAAAAGAUGCCAGAUCUGGAGUAAGGGCUGUUGUCAUCGCCUGGAUUUUGAGAAAGGAAAAUAACUUCUGCAAGAUUUCACAAUUGAGAAAACCCCUGAGUCGAUAGCUCUAAAGACAGAUAUGCUGUACUUGCCUCCUCUAACCCAGUUGUCAACCUUUUUUUUUUCUUUUUUCUUUUUUC